ACGCCGGACCGGAGGGAAGCACGCGCGCAGCUUCCCUCCCUCGCGCGCCACCAUGCAAUGCAAAGGGAGCUUCCUCCCUCGACCGGACUUGUUUACCCCGUGAUAUUCCUUGCCCGGGUCGCCAUAUAAACCCCCGCCCUUCCCCACCAUAUCCUCGCACACGCCGUCGCUCAUCCUCACCUGCUCACCUUGUACACGCGCGCGGCAUUCUCCAAUCGAGCCGGCGCCGACGAACUCGGAAGUCUAGCGAUGGCAGACGCGACGGCGCCGCGACCGCUGCUCCGCCGCGUGCUCUCGUUCCGGGAGCCGCUGCUGCUCAUCCCGCACCUCCUCGUCUUCCUCGGCACCGUCGCGUCCGCCUUCUUCCACAGCUACGCCUCCUUCCUCCAGUCCUUUGCCAGGUCCAUCGUCGUCCCGUCGCCGGCCGCGGCUUGCGGCAAGUGUCCGUACGCGACGUCGUCGGCGGUGUGCUGCGAGGACGUCGACGCCGAGGAGGAGGUGGUGGAGGAGGAGGAGGAGGAGCUGAGGAAGGAGGAGGUGGAGGCGAUCAUGGCCGGGAUCGGGCUGGGCGUGGCCGGCGCCGGCGAGGGGCUGAGGGCCAGCAUGGGCCACGACGAGGUGUCCCGGCUGUUCGACGCCGAGGAGCCGAGCUUCGCGGAGGUGCGGCGCGCGUUCGCCGUGUUCGACGGCGACGCGGACGGGUUCAUCGGCGCGGCGGACCUGCAGGGCGCCCUGGCCAGGCUCGGGUUCCCGGAGGUCGACGCCGCCGCGUGCGGGGCGAUGAUCUCGUCCAGCUGCGGGUCCAGGGACGGCAGGAUGAACCUGUUCCAGUUCGUCAGGUUCCUCGAGGACGGCCUCUGCUGACUGACCGACCGGCCUCUCUUUUUUGACCCGUUGCACGGUGCGCGGCUCGGCUGGCGCGGCAGAAGAUGUGUGCGUGCGUGUGUGCUGGUGUUCUUGAUUGUCCUGUUUUUCCUUCUGCGGCGCGAAGAGUUUUUUUUUUUGACGUUGGGGGUGGACGGACUGUGCAACAAAUUAACGCACUAAUUCUCGAGCUUAUUAAUGGAAUCGAACUGAUUUCGCCAAUUGAUCAUAAAUAAACUCUGGCGAUCUCAGCUGCCUUGAUUA